CAAAAUCCUCAACCCUCCCCUCCUCUCUUUUCUCUGAGUGUUCUAAGCUGUCAGUGAUAAUGGAGAGGAAGGGAAGCAACUUUGCUUUUCUUACCAUGUUCACAUUGCUAGCUGGAUUGCUUUCUAAGAACAUUGUCAUCACUGCAAUAGCAAGCACCAGUAUUGAAGACCAGAAAAACUAUUACACUCCAGACCCAAAUGCUGGAACUCCUCCCUCAGGGUCACAUGGUCCACCCUCUCAUCACUCUGGAGGUGGUCAUGGAAGCAAACCACCCUCUCAUCACUCUGGGGGUGGUCAUGGAACCCCAUCACAUGGAGGUGGUGGAAGUCACAAACCAACCCCAUGCACUCCCCCUGGCAGUGGAAGCUACAAUCCAACCCCAUCAACACCCCCAGGCGGUGGAAGCUAUGAUCCAACCCCAUCACCACCCUCAGGUGAUGGAAGUUACAAUCCAACCCCAUCAACUCCCCCAGGAAGUGGAAGCUAUGAUCCAACCCCAUCACCACCCUCAGGUGAUGGAAGUUACAAUCCAACCCCAUCAACUCCCCCAAGAAGUGGAAGCUAUGAUCCAACCCCAUCACCACCCUCCGGUGAUGGUAGUUACAAUCCAACCCCAUCAACUCCCCCGGGCAGCGGAAGCUAUGAUCCAACACCAACGCCACCCUCGGGUGGUGACAAUUACAAUCCAACCCCAUCAACUCCCCCAGGAAGUGGAAGCUAUGAUCCAACCCCAUCACCACCCUCAAGUGAUGGAAGUUACAAUCCAACCCCAUCAACUCCCCCAGGAAGUGGAAGCUAUGAUCCAACCCCAUCACCACCCUCAAGUGAUGGAAGUUACAAUCCAACCCCAUCAACUCCCCCCGGAAGUGGAAGCUAUGAUCCAACCCCGUCACCACCAUCAGGAAGUGGCAGUUACACUCCAACUCCAACUCCAUCAACACCCUCAGGUGGCAACUGUGCACCUCCAUAUACACCUUCUGAUCCAACACCCACAACUCCAUCAACACCAUCAACACCUUCAACACCAUCAAACCCUCCCUCAGGAGGCAGUGGUUACUACAACUCACCACCAACUUAUGGAGGUGAUAGCCCACCUUCUGAUCCAACUCCAUCAACACCUUCAACACCAUCAAGCCCUCCCUCAGGAGGCAGUGGUUACUACAACUCCCCACCAACUUAUGGAGGUGAUAGCCCCCCAACACCAAUCACUCUGAGCCCACCAAGCACCCCAAUUGACCCAGGCACCCCCACUAUUUCCACACCCCCUUUCCUUCCUGCCCCAUCUCCCUUCACUGGUACAUGCAACUACUGGAAUACUCACCCAGGAAUCAUUUGGGGAUUGCUAGGUUGGUGGGGAACCUUAGGCAAUACAUUUGGUGCAUCUAGCUUUCCAGGGUAUGGUGCCGGUCUCAGCUUGCCACAAGCACUUUCCAACACAAGAACUGAUGGGCUUGGAGCACUCUACAGAGAAGGAGCAGCUUCCUAUCUCAACUCCUUGGUGAACAAGAAGUUCCCUUACACAACCCAGCAAGUCAGAGAAAGAUUUGUUGCAUCACUUAGCUCAAAUAAGGCUGCAACAACACAAGCCCACCUCUUCAGGAUGGCCAAUGAGGGGAGAAUCAAGCCUAGAGCAUGAUCUAAUUAUUUUGUUUUUGUGUCUGUUUAUUAAGAAUAAUAUAUCUAGGACUUCAGCUAAGAGUGUGUUAUGUAGGUACUUAUCAUGUUUUAAUUUAUCCUAAGAUGAAUAUUGUCUUACUUUACGACUUCAUGUUAGCUUUUAUGGUUUGAAUAAAGUUAAUAUUUUGUUACUUUUAA